GUCGAGCUGGGAGCUGCCCGACCUGCGGGAAGGGCGAGUGAAAGCCAUCAGCGACUCGGAUGGGGUGAGCUACCCCUGGUACGGAAACACCACAGAAACCGUGACCCUGGUGGGGCCCACCAACAAGAUCUCCAGGUUCUCGGUGAGCAUGAACGACAACUUCUACCCCAGCGUGACGUGGGCCGUGCCCGUGAGCAACAGCAACGUGCCGCUGCUGACCAGGAUUAAAAGGGACCAGAGCUUCACCACGUGGCUCGUGGCCAUGAACACCACCACCAAGGAGAAGAUCAUCCUGCAGACCAUCAAGUGGAGGAUGCGCGUGGACAUCGAGGUGGACCCCAUGCAGCUGCUGGGGCAGCGGGCGCGCCUGGUGGGCAGGACUCAGCAGGAGCAGCCGCGGAUCCUCAGCAGGAUGGAGCCCAUCCCGCCCAACGCGCUCGUCAAGCCCAACGCCAACGACGCCCAGGUGCUCAUGUGGAGACCCAAGCGAGGGCAGCCCAUUGUGGUGAUACCUCCCAAGUAGGGCGUGCAGCCGAGCCCCCCUGGCUGCACACGGACAGGGCUGCCCAGCCAAAGCUCACCUCUGGGCUCUCCCGCCUUUCUUGUUGUGCUUGGAAACGUGGCUCCUCCUCGGGCACAAGUAGAGCCUGGCUGGCACAAGGGCGCAGAAGAGGGUUUGCUGAGCUGGAGGAUUUCCCGGGAAGCGGAAUGGAGUGCUUGCAGCUGGCGCAAAGGACUCGUCUCUCCUUGUGGGGCAGCACGAGCAGCAUGAGUGUGGUUGAACCGUGCCCGUGGCAGACGCUGCUUCCCACGCAGCCAGAGGGAGAAGCAGAGGCUGUUCCUGUCCCCGUGUCCCUGCCGUGUCCGUAGCUAUGCAUUUCAGAUCCAUGAUCCCCCCAUGCCUGCCCGCCUCCCACAGUGGGGUGGGACCGGGCGGUGCUGGGGGCGGGCCAGAGCCCGGUGCUACCGCCCGGGAGGGGUUUCUGCAGCCCGGGGGCAGCGGGACACGUUUUGCAUGCGUCUGGGUGUGUUUGGAGUAGUUGUGAGUGUAGGAGAUGCCAUAGCUCUUUUCCGUCUUGGGGUGAGGUGUAAGGGCAGGCUAGAUGUCCUUUUGUUGUGCGGUGCACUAAGUCUUCGCAUCCCUCAGCCUCCCUUCUCUUUGGGGAGCAGAAGGAUUGUCAGCCCAGUCCGGGUGGGAAUGGGGGCCGUGCCAUUCUCCCAGCCCGGGUGCUCUGGGCGUGUGGGGUGCCCAGAUCAGCCCAGAGGCACCCCUGGACUCGCUUUGCUUCACUGCAGACCCCCUCCCUUGCUAGAAGUUGGGUGCUCGCUCAUUUUCCACGCAGAUGCUGCCUCACGUGGAGGCCUCUCCCAGCCUCCCAUGGAGCAGGGUGGCUGCUGGCUGGGCCACCAGUGCACGCUUUGUGGUACCUCCCCAAGCCCUGUGCGAGGCAGGGAUGUGAGUGGAGGCCGUUCAGGGCAGGCCUGGGUUAGCCGGGGAAGGAGGAGCUGAAUGUGCUGCCUGGGGCUGCCUCCUGCUGCUGCUGCUGUGCUCAGAGGGGUCACAGGGGGAUUUAUUUGCCUUCCUCCUCCCUCCUUGCUGCCUGGCUGGCUGGCACUGGCUGCUCCGUGGGGCAGCAUGCUGCUGUGGGAUGCA